GGGGUCUGUUCUACUCCGAAUCCGACGUACCAGAAGCUAAACCUUCUUUUCUACAAUAGGUCGGACUUACUUGUGCCAACUGUCCAAUCCUAUCUAACUCCGGUCCCAUCUCACACCCGGUAUUGUCGGACGUCCUUACCCAGCCAGCCAAACUAAAAUCUCUACGAGCAAAAGCCUCGCACAAACCAUUCCGUCUUCACCAGUGGAAGCGAUCCAAAAGAGACCCCAAAUAAGCCUAGACGCGACAAGCCAAAAAAAAAGAAGAAAAAAAAAAUACAGACAAAAUGGCCGAGAAGACGUUCACGUACCAGGAUGUUGCUGAGCACAACACCAAGAAGGACCUCUUCAUGGUGAUCCACGACAAGGUCUACGAUGCCACCAAGUUUGUCGACGAGCACCCUGGUGGCGAGGAGGUCAUGCUGGAUGUAGGCGGUCAGGAUGCGACGGAGGCUUUCGAGGAUGUCGGCCACAGCGACGAGGCCCGCGAGACACUAGACACUCUACUCGUUGGCAAGCUCGAGCGCAAGGCUGGCGACCCUACACCUAAGACACACAACUCGGGCUCUCUGGCACCACAGGCCCAAACGGGCGCCGCUUCGGGCAUGGGCAUUGGGCUGUACGCAGUUAUCCUCAUCGGUGGUCUCGCCGCCUACGCCGCCUACCAGUACCUGCAGCAGCAGCAGCAGCAAACAGCCUCCGCUUAGGUUGGCUUGCUUUUGUUGUUUACAGAAUAUAGUUAAAUGCGCGAUGAGGCGGAUUAAAGACCGUGACGAUGCAGGACAAUAUAAAGCUUGUGCGGUUGCGCUUUACAGACCUUGCAUGUUUUUGUUUUUACCUUGACGUGUACGGUCUCUUCUCGGGUCUCAUUCUGGGUCUCUUUCUGGGUCUCUUUCUGGGUCUCCUCCCAGGCCUACCUUGAAAUGUAUGGUCUCUUCCAAUGUCAUGAAAGGAUGCCUGCCAGAAAAAGAAAGAAAAAAAGAUGUGACUAGGUAUGGCGCAACCGCCUGAUUUGAGAUGUGGAUUGGUGUGGCUUGCCAUUGUUUUUGUCGCACCAACCUUCCGAGACGGGGUUUUUGAGCGAGUCGAGAUACCGCCCUUGAAAAGAUAGCGAUUUUUUAAUAGACCCAGACUUACCUUAACAGACUUGCAGUAGAGCCGAAGUUCUAAUGUGGACAGUAAGGGAACGUGUUCUCCGGAAGGGUGCAUACGGUUUGCAUAU